UGUGUUACGUGAUUACGACACCAUGCUUUGGGGAUAUUGUGCUUUGGAGUGAAAUUGAGGUUAUAUUUGUGAAUUUUUUAUGUCGGGGAACGACAGUUAAUGUUGGCGCGAACGCGGAAUUCAUUUGUAUUUCUGUUCCGUUGUUUAGCUGUAAGAAUGAGCUCUCCAUAUUUCACUAACCCAACAGCUGCAUUAGACACUUCUGCAACUGAUACUGAUACUGUGGGGAAAAGGGCUUUAAAUGGAGGAGGAAUUCGUAAAUUGAGAUCCGGAAUAGCUAAAAUGCUAAAGUCAGAGGAUGUUUUGCAUGGAGUUAAGGAAGAAUUUCAGGAGCGCAGUAUUUCAGAUGAUCUACUGCAGACGCAUGCAGAGCUGGUAUCAAAUUCCAAAAUUACAACCACUACAGUGAAAGCAGAGGCAAUGGAUGAUCAAGCACCUCUGAGAUCACCGCAGAAACCAAGACGGGGCCGUGUGAAGGUGGAAUAUGAGGAGGAAUGGGUGGGGCUUAAGAGGGAACGUUGGGAGCCAUGUGAUUGGAGAACACAGCUGUCAUUCAUCAGGGAGAUCAGGAGCAAACGAGACGCUCCCGUGGAUAAGAUGGGGGCAGAGAAAUGCUACGAUACAGAUGCCCCACCUGAGGUGCGUCGUUACCAGGUUUUGAUCUCCUUAAUGUUGUCCAGUCAAACCAAAGAUCCCAUAACAGCUGGUGCUAUGCAGAGAUUACGUGAGCAUAACCUCAAUGUGACCACCAUCCUUAACAUGGAUGAUGAGACUUUGGGCAAACUCAUCUACCCAGUGGGCUUCUGGAGGACAAAGGUUAAGUACAUCAAACAGGCCACGGCUCUGAUCCAACAGGAGUUUGGUGGAGAUAUUCCGAACACAGUGGAGGGUCUUAUCCAGCUGCCGGGCGUCGGCCCUAAGAUGGCCCACCUGGCCAUGGACAUUGCCUGGAACAAUGUGUCAGGCAUCGGUGUGGACACCCACGUUCACCGAAUCUCAAAUAGGCUUGGAUGGACCAAGAAGGAGACCAAGACACCAGAGGAGACACGUAGAGCUCUAGAGGAGUGGUUACCACGAGAUCUGUGGAGUGAGAUCAACUGGUUGCUGGUUGGUUUCGGACAGCAGGUGUGUCUACCUGUUAGACCGUUGUGCUCUAUGUGUCUAAAUCAGCACACCUGUCCAUCCGCCCACCGAUCCUCCCCCAAAAAGAAACUCAAAUCCAGCCCCCCAAAAUCCCCUGCAACCUCUCCCAACAGUCAGAGGGACAAACUAGACUCCCCAAUGCCAAAGGUUAAAAAGGAGCCACCGGACACGCUUCCGCCCCGCUCCCCAUCUCGAAGGAGGAAGACGACAGCCUCACAGGAAGUGUCAUCUGAUCUGUCCUCCUUUUCUACAACAGAACAAGGGACUGAAAUGAGAACAGAAGCCCUUGCGGAUGAUAGAGAAGCCGACCCAUCUCAACGCAAGUUAGGGCAGAGGGGGCAGAGGAGAGCAAGACCGCCCCUUUCAGGACAGGAAGAACAGGACAGACAUCGUUCUUCACAGCAGACACAAAGGGCACCCAAAAAAAAAUUAAAUAGUAAACAUUAACGUUUGUUUAAAUGCAAUAAAUAAAUAUUUUAUAUCACAUAUUUUUUCGUUUUGUAAGUUUAUCAAAUAAAUAGUAUCAGCUAGCCUAAAACUAAAAUAUAAUAUAAAUAUUGUAUGUAUGUUUAUAGGUUGGUCUAUAUAUUAGUUUUAGAAUUAAAGGUUUUGUUUUAAAAACACGUGGUCUAUGAUAACUGGAUGCCACUUGCUAAAUUAAAUGUAAUAAGGUCAUGUGAUUGCAUACUAUGUUUUACAAACUAUACAUUUAUAUUUACUGUAUGUAUACAAACUGUCUACUGUUUCUGCUGUAGGUAUAAACAGUAUCUAUACUAGUAGGCAGUAGGUAUAUAUAUAUAAUUGAUGGCUCCUUAUAUAUAUUACAUGUGCAUAUAUACACUACCGGUCAAAGGUUUAGGAUCACUUACUCAUUCUUUAAUAUAAUUUCUUUCUUCACAUUUUAGAAUAAUAGUAAAGACAUCAAAACUAUGGGAAUAACCGAAAUGGAAAUAUGGGAAUUAUGUUGUGACAAAUCCAAAAUAAAUGAAAAGUGUGUUAUAUUUGAGCAUCUUUACAGUAGUCCCUCUUUGUCUAGAGUUUGCAGACAUGAACUCGACAUUUUCUCCAGCAACUUCUUGAGGAACCACU